AUCCUGGCUACAGCUCUGAUCCCAAGAACCGACUAUAGCAUAAAAAAGCAACAAUAUAAUAGAGCGCAUGUACCCGCGCGUGUGCGUCCAAUCAAAGGCUCGUGCAGCUGUCCACCGCUCAGGUGCUGAAGGCAGACACUGUCACUCCGCACAGCAAACAAAAACAUACUGGACAAGACUGAGCAGUGCUCUCUUAAAAAGUUUUUUUUUCAGUGUUGUGUUUGAAAUAAGAUGAACAACUCUUUGUACCGAUGUCUAGAAGUUGAGCAGGACGACAACCUUUUUUAGCAGACAACAGUCUGUGAUGGACGUGCGCUUUGGACAGGUGCCGCUCACCCUUACGCACAGGCACGGCGGGGUGAACCAGCUCGGCGGUGUCUUCAUUAACGGGCGCCCGUUACCGCACGUGGUGAGACAGCGCAUCGUGGAGCUCGCUCAACAGGGCGUGCGUCCCUGCCAGAUCUCCCGCCGCCUGCGCGUCAGUCACGGCUGUGUCAGCAAAAUACUGGCCAGGUACAAUGAGACAGGAAGCAUCAGACCAGGAUUGAUUGGAGGCUCUAAGCCCAAAGUGGCCACUCCCAGAGUUGUGCAAAUGAUCCUGCACCUGAAACACACCAACCCCAACAUAUUCGCCUGGGAGAUCCGAGACAGGCUGUUGCUGGAGCAAGUGUGUGACCAUGACAGCGUGCCCAGCAUCAGCUCCAUCAACAGGAUUAUCAGAAACAAAGUCCAGUCUGAGUCGUGUGAAGUUGUAUCAUCAGCGUCAUCUGCCAUGAGAACAGCCUCUUCCUCAGAGUCCACCUAUUCCAUCAGUGGAAUUCUAGGCAUCAGGAAAUGCAGCAGCAAAAUAAGGAAGAUGGGUGUAUUUGCAGAGCAGAGAUUACAGUGGACUCUCUGUGGGACCAGACCACACAGCAGACUGAUGAGUAAAGCCGGUGGUCCUGUGUUAAUAUUACUCUGGCUGAAACAACCUCCGCAGCAGGAGAUCCACCUCACCGCCCCAGGCUUCUGUCCUCUCAGCCAGCAGGUUCUCGGCUCCUCUCUGCCUCCCCUCACCUCAGCCUCUCAUUACAGGCCCGCUUACACCUCCACUCCUCCAUCACUGCAACCAUUAGAAAAGGAGAUUGCAUAGAUAAAUAUGCAAGCUUACAGCUGGGAACACACACGAAGGGACAUCUCCUGUAGCUUCCACCACGACCAGCCAUGUUCCUGUAAUGACUCCUGGGGAU